GCGAGCAUCUGUAUAUAUCAAUGUGACGGCGGCCUUGGAUCAUUGCGCGGAAACCAUUUACCUAUACUGCUGAUCCACCGGGCGAAGACACUUAUACAAGAACAACGAGGCAUUUCACCGACAGCGAGGUGAAAUUGCACGCAACACCGCUAACCUGGACUCUUAUCACGACUCACAAAGCCACACCGACAAGACCGAUUGGUAUCAUGCAGCUCCACAACCUUGUCUUAAUCAUUGCCACCAUCCUGGCCGGGUCAACGAGCCAUGUAGCUGCUGCAGUCGUAUCGAUGGAACAGCAGAGCAAGCACCAUGAUGGCAGUAAGCGAGGGCUUUCAAUCACACCGAAGCGCACGACGACCAUGACGACAAUGUCGAGCCACCUCGACUCUGAGACCCAACUAGCUUCCCCACAAGCCCGUGACGUCGACGGUGUCGACGACUUCUACCGUGAGAUCGGCCGCCUAUCCUCGUCGACACAGUGCUUUCCCGAGGCCAGACUCAUGGACGAGGGCGAUACAGACCUCACGAUUCAGGACCUGCGCAGCUGGGCAUACCGGAUCAAGCACGGAGAGCAGCACUUCCAGCAUGGCGAGAUUGAAGGCUUCGUGUGCACGACGCGGGCGGACCUGACUUACGACCUGCGGCACGUCGAGCGGGCCGUAUACGAGAUGGACCUGCUCUGCGGGCCGUACGUCUCGAGCCAGUUUAACUAUCUGGACCUGAACCUCGUCGUGGCCAAGGGAACAGGGACACACAAGCCGAGUAGGAACUGCAAGGAUCUGCAGGUGGCCAAGCUGGAUCUCGACUUUAGGUGAAGGAUGUCCGCAGGCGGUGGUAGAGUUAGUUGGUCGACAGCCAGUAGUGUCCGGCGAUGACCGGCGGAGCCAUUGUGUGGCGUGACUCCCUUGUCUGGGGACCAAGCAGAGAAUUCGACUCAGUAAAACAAAAGUGACCAACCAACUCG